GUUGAAGUAAAAAUGGCUUCCUUGUCUUUGGAGUCUACAGAACAAUCUGAGAACAGCCCGGAGGAGCCAACGGCACCUGAGCCCAAAGAAGAGAAAGAUCCGGUUCAAGUUUCGGAACAAUUGCUCCAAAGUUUCCAAAAGUCGGCUCUGAGUUUUUCCACUGACCAAGUAUCAUGUCUCUGCGAGGCCCUUCUGCAGGCGGGCAAUGUGGAUCGCCUGUGGAGAUUUCUAUCCACCAUACCUCCGUCGUCCGAGCUGCUACGUGGCAACGAGACCCUGCUGAAGGCCCAGGCACUGGUGGCUUUCCACCGGGAAGAAUUCAAGGAGCUGUACGCCAUCCUGGAGAGCCACGACUUCCACCCGUCUAACCAUGGGUUCCUGCAGGACCUGUACCUGAAAGCCCGCUACAAGGAGGCGGAGAGGUCCCGGGGCCGCAGCCUGGGCGCAGUGGACAAGUACCGGCUCAGGAAGAAGUUCCCCCUGCCCAAAACUAUCUGGGACGGAGAGGAGACAGUGUACUGCUUCAAAGAGAAGUCGCGAAAUGCUCUGAAGGAGUGCUACAAGAGCAACAGGUACCCGACUCCGGACGAGAAGAAAAACCUGGCUAAAGUCACCGGACUGUCCCUCACACAGGUCAGCAACUGGUUCAAGAACCGCAGGCAGAGGGACAGGACCCCGUCCGGGACCCACAGCAAAAGUGAAUCUGAUGGGAAUCACAGCACUGAGGACGAGGCGAGCGCCAUGGACGACACCCCUGACAAACCAGAGGAGGCUGCUGGCUCCACAGCUUCCAUCAUCUCUCUUUCUGCAGUCCCCUGUAGCACGGGAGGCCAGCUCAUCCUCAACAGGUCCAGUGGCUUCCUCGCCGCCUCUCAGCCAUUACUGCUCAAUGGGAAUUCCCUGAUCUCCAGUACCGGUGCUGGUGUCAUAAUUAACGGGCUGAGCUUGGGUGAUUGCCAGACGGUCACAUUGAGCCCUGUUGCAGCGAGCUCUCCUUUGAUACUGAACGGGGCUCAGGUAAUAACCAAAUCUGGUAUCAGUGUGCAGCAGCAGCAGCCGCAGCAGCAAGCAGUUUCUGUGGCGGAGCAGGUAUCAGCCAUGGAAGCCAAGACAAGUAGUCUUCCAGCAGUUGUCCUUAGCACUAACACCACACCAGUCUCAAACCCUCCAUCCAUAAUCUCUCUUCCUCUACAAACCAAGACAGACAGUGGCAAUACAAUGGAUUACAUCAGUGUGCCUGAAUCGGAGUGCAGCAGCCAGACAGUAUCUUCCUCCUCUUCAUCUUUAUCCCCCUCUUCACCAACUCUGUCCUCCCCAAACAGUCUUCCUUCACUAGUUUUAACACAAAACACCCAGGAGUCCCUCAACCUCCCAGCCUCUAUGUCGUCUGCAGGCAUGGUUAUCUCCAGUUCUUCCUUGCCUCUUUCCAGUCAGCAAGGGGAGUAUGUUGUCCUUGCCACUGCCAGCUCCCAGUUAAAUCCUCAUCCUUCCACCAGCAGUGCCACCCCUCAGGUCUUCUCUCUGCCCCAGGUUGUGCCUUCCAUCCAGGGUAUACCAGUAUCCCAGCUGGUCCAGCACUCCUCAGGAGCCCAGGUUUCCCAAUGCCCUCAGUUGGUCCCAGUAUCGCCCCUGACCUCGCCAGCUCCUCAGUUUCAAAGCCCCCAGACAGCGAGCACAGGCAACAGACUGGCGCAACAGCAGCAGGAUGCUUCAACAACUCUGCCUGAAGGUGCCACUACUAUAGUCUCUAUCUCACAACUUAACAACAAUCAGCUGCCACAGCGAAUGACACACCAACUGGGGGACCAAACCACAAACUCCACACCCAGCAAAAUCCAGGCCCCUCAGGUUAUAUCCAUCUCCUCCCCAACACAAGUAGUCCCAGUCCCCCAGGCCAAAGACAACACACCAACGCAGUUAGUCCCGCUCUCCAUGCCUCAGCUGGUCCCAGUCUCCUCCAUCCAAACGUCUUCCACCAUAUCUUUCCCCCAAGUGGUACCUGCCAGUCCUUCUCUCUCCAUCAGCUCUGCUGGUGUGCCCUUACAGAUCCUCACUUCAGCUCCUGCGACUGGAGCGGUCGCACAGGGCCCUCUCAGGAUAAACCAGCUUAGGCCCAUUCAGAGCGCGGCUCCCCCAACCAGCAUGGCCCCUGGUGUGCAACUCCUCAACUCUGGGAUCAUUCAGCUGCCCUCUGCGCCUCCAGGUAACCUUCUCCUUGGUGGAAGCCCCUACCUGAGUGUCCAGCAAGGCAAGCUGAUUCUGACCAUCCCAGCAGGCAUUCAGCUCACCAGUGUGCCCCUGAAACCAAUCCCAGAGGCUUCAACCAUUCCUGCUAAUGGAUUGAGCCCCAUUCUCACCCCCCCCACCCCUCCCGUGGCCUCCCAGCCUUCAACCACCUCAGGCCCGACGCCCAGUGGCCUAACAUCAUCUCCUCUGAACUUCAUCAACUCGUCUCCACCUUACAGUGCUCCAGAGAUCGGUGCUGCAACCAGCCACGCACCUGCCGUCCCUUCCCCUCAUACGCUAGACCAUUCAGUCACACCCACAACGCCAAACACUCUCACUCCAGAAAGCAUGCUCACCCUCAGUCCCAUGUACAGUGGAGUCACACCCAACACCCAACUGUCCCAGCCAGCGUGGAGCCCUGUGCCCCUCUCCACUUCAGCUAGUCUAACUCUGUUUGAUGUCCGCGGCAAAGGGGACCUACCUGUAGACCCGGCUUUGUUAGGCCUCCCUGGAGGAGAGUCGCUGCUUCUGGGAAGCCCCUCUCCGGAGCAGGAUGUGGAAGCCAGCUCACCACUGGGGAAUCCAGAGGAGAUGGAUGGUGACUCCAAGAUUCUUACUCAGCUCCAGUCUGUCCCUGUGGACGAUGAGCUGGGCUUGUAGUCCCCAUGUAGCAAGGCCCAGUCUCUAAAAACGAAAAACGAUGAAACACACAGUAGGUUGCAGACUGCAAAAAAAAAUUUUAUAUAAUUUUUUUAUAUAAUUGAUCUGAAAGAUUUAAUCCCACAUGGUCAAUCCUCAAUGUCCCUUACAAUAUGUUGUGGUUCUAUCGUGUCAGUAGGGCCUCUGCAGCUCUAUUUCACAUAGAUGGGCAGGGUUAUGCUGGAUAUUCACCUGCUGGUUCCACAACAGAAUAUUCCUGUUUUUGCCUGAGAAUUUUGCGCCUCCAAGGUUUUUUUUUUUUUUUGACUAAAAUCUGUAUGUGCCUUAUCUGUUUUAUCAGAUCCAGACAGAACAACUAAAACAGAUGAGUCUGCUUGGCCCAGUUACAGGUCCUGGUGUUUAUUUAAAAAAAAAAAAAAAAAAAAAAACUAUAUUAAACAAAGCAUUGGCUUUGCCUAGUCUCUCAGCUCCUCUGUGCAGUUUUGUGGAUUGCAGACCAAGUGCAGUUGUCCUGGGAAAAAGAUGCCUGGGGUUUUUGCUGGCAGUAAAAGUAGUUUGUGGAGGAUCCACCACAAUAACUACACACCGGACUAUCUGGCUAAAUCUUGAAAUAGUUGCCUGCCUGUCCAGAACUCAAGAAAUUCAGGAAUUUGGUUUGGUUUUCUUUUUGUUGUUCACAGCAUGAAUAUAUAGUUCCACCAACACUCAAGGAAUACGGGGUGAACAUUAUAUUCCUCACAAACAGAAGUGAGUUGUGUGAGCUUUAUGUAAAUCAGCUGAAAAUUUUUUUUUUUUUCCAAUGAUCAUUACGUCAUAGAUUUCGAAGUCUAUACAGCGUUUUAUUACUACACGUUACUGAAGUGCAGGUUUAAACAUGCAACCUACUUCCAACUUAUCAGUAAACUAUUUUAAAACACUUUCUGCAGUUUUCUAGUGAGGAUGCUGCCCCACAUUAGUAAAAAUAUACUACAGGAAAUAAAAGGGUUUAUACUCUAUGCAAUGCAUGUUUAGUACUUUAUAGGACACUAAGUGGCACAAUGGCUGAGUCAAAAGGCCAGUGCACUUGGGAGAUGAAAAGGAGCUUUGAAAUACUGAGCUUUUAAAUGAAGUGUGACAGUGCAUUACACUAAAACGUUUGCUGUGAUCCCACUAAGUGACAUUUGUUGCCAAAUGCAUCCAAAAUCUCUGAUCGAUGAUAUUCAUAAGUGCCUUAUUUUAAAGCUUACAGGUUUGAUGUUUUUGAAAAAUGUGUUUUGACGUUUUAAUAAUACCCACAUUUCUGUAUCUGUUUGAUCUUCAGUGAAACAUAAUGUGACAGUUUUGGUUGCGUAGUCAAAGCUCUAUCUCCUUCUUUUGUAUAUUUUGCACAUUUCAUUCACACAAUGUUUACGCUGCGCUGCCGUGUUGUUAUGACAGUGGUACGACUCAUAUUCUGUUCAAAAAAAAUUCCUGUUCUUUCUUAAUUGGACCGUAGUAAUCCCCACCAGAAAGAAUAGCUACAGAGGGAAAUCAGAAAACACAAUGCUGAUUUCCUGAUGACAUCUGUUGUAAAUUGAUAGAAUAGCUCCUUCCAUUUAAAUCUAAAAUGCGUGUCAUUGUAGGAGCUUUCUACUGUCGUAACACAGGUAGCGGUCAAAUCUUUGGCCAAUUAUGGUACACAAAAAUACUUCGGUGUCGCAUCUAGUUACAAUAAUGGCCUUUGUGUUUUUUUUUUUUUUUUUUUAUUACUAUGUUUGUUGUUUGUCUCUUUUUGUACAUUUAAUCUAUUUAAAGCAUGUAUCAAUCAGUUUUUAGUUUUAACUGAAAGAAAAUGAGUCCUUAGGGGAAAAAAGCUGAUAGGAAAUGAUAUUCAUUUUCACUUGGAAGUUAACAUUGUUGUGCAAACUGAGGUUUUACAAUCUCAGAAUACAGGUAUUAAAUUCAUUUUUAGGUAAUCAAUACUCAUUUUUAAAUAGGUCACCCCCCGGUAAUAAAUUUUAAGGUUAUUGUUCCCAGUGCCCUUUAGGUAGGUAAUAAAUGGCUCGGACAAAUCAAUUUUAGUCUGAAUUUUACUGAACAUUUAAAUUGGUUAAGGGUCAAGGGAAAUGAGCUCUUUAUAUAUGUAAAAUAUGGUAGCUUGCAUUUGUUUAUAUGAGCCAUUUCUUGCCAAAGUAUGUUGACAUUAAAGCCUGUGAGGGCAUAUGCACAUUUGUGGCCCUGUUUGUUUCUAGCGUGGGAUUCGUUUUUUACUCUCCUACCUGACAAAUAACGUAUGUGACUCCAGAUCUAACCAAAGAUAUUGUAUUUUGAUCGACUUUUUUGAUAGUUCUGAAAGGGAUCAUUUGUGUCUGUCAUUCAAGGUUCUUGUUUUCUCACUUUUGUAUU